GAGGUUUUGGGGGCAGUUUGGGAAGUUGAGUGUUGACGACAUCAGUUCGUCUCCAGGCAGGAGGAGCUAAUCGCCCGGAGACCACAGCCCAUCAAAUAUGGCCAGUCGGUCGAGCUUGGAUACUCUCUGCAUCAGUCCCAGGCUGUAGCGAACGCCCCCCCCCGUCCGAGCCUGAGGAUGGAAGCGAUACUUCGAUGAGCUCCUUCGGCCUCUCGGUCCGGGGCCUCCCUCUGGCCUUGGCGUCCAUGACACAAGCUACCGCCUCAGACUCACGCUUCCACCCUAAAUGGCGGGCGAUCACAGUUGCGACCCUGCUAGCUUUAGUGCUCAUGCUAUACCUGAACCGGACAGUAGGGGGCAGAAACACUGCUACAAGAGGUGACUAUCGCAACGGGGUUCACAGUUUGCAGAUGCACAGCGAGGGUGAAGUGGGCCUCCUCAGGGACAUAAACAGACAGGCUGCAGGAAACCCCUCCCGCCACCAGAGAGGGUUAAGACCUUACAACGACACGUACCCGUUAAGUCGGCCGGUGAAGACGGAGCACGGCAUCCGCUACCGUAUCGCCGUGAUCGCAGAUCUGGACACAGCGUCACGCAGCUCUAAGGACCAGACGUGGUUCAGCUACAUGAAGAGAGGAUACCUUACUAUUUCAAACAGUGCCGACAGACUGGAGGUGGAGUGGGACGCUGACACGGUCACGCUGGAGAGUCAUCUGGCUGAGAAAGGACGAGGUAUGGAGCUGUCUGAGCUGGUGGCAUUCAACGGUCACCUGUACAGCGUGGACGACCGUACCGGCGUGGUGUACAGGCUCGAGGGCAACCAGGCGGUCCCCUGGGUCAUAUUACCCGACGGGGACGGCUCCGUCUCCAAAGGAUUCAAAGCAGAGUGGCUGGCAGUGAAGGAUGAGCACCUGUAUGUUGGCGGCCUGGGCAAAGAGUGGACCACCACCACUGGGGAAGUCGUCAACAACCACCCAGAGUGGGUGAAGGUUGUCGGUUACCAUGGUGACGUGCAGCAUGAGAACUGGGUGCCCCACUACAAUGCCCUGCGGAGCGCCACAGGGAUACAACCACCAGGCUACCUUAUCCAUGAGUCAGCAGCGUGGAGCGAGCGUCUGCAGCGUUGGUUCUUCCUCCCUCGGCGUGCCAGUCACGAACACUACGAGGAGGCAGCGGACGAGCAGCGUGCCGCCAACCUCCUCCUGUCCUGCCCCGCAGACUUCAGCUCCUUCACAGUGCGGCACGUCGGACCGCUCAACCUCAUCCGCGGUUUCUCCUCGUUUAAAUUUGUCCCAGGCACAGACGAUCAGAUCAUUCUGGCCCUGAAGUCAGAGGAGUACGCAGGCAGCAUCGCCACCUACAUCACUGCCUUUACGUUAGAUGGCCAGGUGCUGAUGCCCGAGACACAGAUAGGGAAUGUGAAGUUUGAAGGGCUGGAGUUCAUUUAAGAGGGGCAGAGCUGGAGGUGUGCAAGGUCUAGGAGAUUAAGAAGUGGACUGAAUACGUGCAACACUCUUGUUUUAAGUCUUUGUAUUAAAUUCCCCUCAGUUCUGCUGUGCAAUAAUGUGACACUACUUAUAUUCCAGAUGAGUCUGGGUCAAACAAACAAUAUAAAUAAGGAGCUGUCAGUGUAUGAAACCCCAGGUAAUGUGGAUCUCUUCCUCUGCAGCCAAACGCUGCUGCUCAGACACUCAGGAUAACAUACUUUUAAAGGAUGGAAAUAAAUAUCCUUUAACUACUUGAAAUAUCAAACUCACUCAAUGCUCUGUGCUUUAUCUUACCUGAUCAGACACACUGAAAGCUCAUAUAUAAUUUAUAUUAAUGUAAUGGGUUUAUUUACUUGAUGCAUAUCAACUUCUGAUUCAUAAGCCACAUGUGAUAUUUUUUCAACCUCACGUUUCUCACUUAUUUUAAAUAAACUGAAUAUUAUAAGCUUCUCAGGCCAAUAUGUGAAGCACCAGCUAUUACAAUUAAACUGUAACAUUUCUGUAAUCAUUUUGUAUCCUCUCAAAAUACAAAUAUUUAAAAUAUA